UACAUUUGACAUUUCGACUUUGACGAUACGGACAUAAUACAUAAUAAUACGAAAAACCGAAAAUAGGAAAAAUAUUCAAGUUCAGUCCUCCCGUUGCAGAAUAAAAUAUCUACAGUGAAAUUAUAAGAACAAUGUCCAUCACAUUUGCGAAGAAAAUUUUGUCCACACGGUCGUUACUUAUCAACCAAAGGCGCUACGGAUACGUUGUUCUGGUACCAGAAAUUGGGGAGGAUCUACCAAAUAAAAAUCCUCUGCUUCGUGGUGAUGGCCUGCCAGAAUUCAGCAAUAUUACAAUUGAAAAUUGUCUCGCUACAAUUGGUCGACAGGCACUAGAAGUGGAAAAGACCGUACAGACUGUGGGGGAAGAGAUCACCAAAGCGGAUAGCAAUGUCAAUAUUUUGAAUGAUGUGAUAAAACCACUAGAUGAAAGCGACGUCCAAUUGCAAACGACAUGGGGUAUUGCUAAAGUGUUAUACUUGGGUAACAGUUCACUGAUGCCAACGAAAAGUUAUUUGGCAAUACACGACCGAGCCUGUAAAGCGAAAUUCGCCAAAUUUGUCAACGCUCCAAUACUGAAAUGUAUAUCAAAUGCGCGAAAUAGUAAUGCUGCCGGUAUAACAGAUGUUGAAACUCGAUUGCUCGACAAAUACAUACUGGAGGGCAAAUUGAAUGGAGCUCAUUUGGACGAAAAGAAGAAGGCGAUAUUAACUGAUACCAUGAUCAAAUUGAGAGACGAACGAUCAAAGUUUCAAGAGAAGUUGGACAUUUCAACCCGGAAAUUCAGUCAUGCGAUCGACGACUACAACAUAGUAAAGGAUUUCCCGACCGAUCUACUCCAAGCCAUAUCUACUAAUCCGAUAAAUGCGUCAAAAGGACCGUGGCAGGUGAAAUUACAACAGCCAGCGUACGAUAAAUUUUUGGAACAUUGUAAUGUCAGAGAACUGCGCUGGAAUGUUUGGCAAGCAUACACUAGACGGGCAUCAUUGCACAGGGAGAAAAGUUUGUCGAACAGCGUUCAUAUCGAAGAGAUUCGUCACUUACGGAGGCAACAAGCGGAAACGUUAGGUUACAGCAAUUUUGUGGAAAUGUCGAUGGAAACUAAAAUGGCUGGAAGCUUGAAAAAUGUUCAGAAUUUAAUAACCGACUUAUUGAGCAGUUCCCGGCCAGCUCAAGAGACUGAAUUACAGAAAUUAGCUGAAUUUGCUGUAGCUAAUGGCUGCCAGCAUAGUUUUGAAAUGUACGAUAUUCCGUACUGGAGAUUCAAGCAGCUGCAGUCGAUAGUUCCCUUCGACGACGACAUGAUCCGAGAAUAUUUUCCGAUCAACAAUGUCUUAAAAGGAUUGUUCGAGCUGAGCGAAAAUCUGUUCCAGAUAAAAAUCGUAGAACGUUCCGCUUCUGUUUGGCAUGAGGAUGUUAAAUUCUACGAUGUUUUCGAUCAGAAUGAAGGCACUAAACCGUUGGCCGGUUUCUAUAUCGACUUGUAUUCCCGUGAUAACGAUAAAGUUCGUAUGUCACCGACAUCUGGAUGGAUGGUAGGCAUACGAAACAGAUGUAAAAUAUCGGACAUUUCACCGUUGGCCGCGCUGAUAUUCAAUUUUCAAGUUCCACUGUACGGAAAACCGUCACUGCUUUCGAUUAAAGACGUUGAAACGUUGUUCCGAAAUUUCGGCAAAACGUUGCAGCAUUUAUUAACCCAAGUUAACUACAAAGAUAUGGCUGGCCUAUCGAACAUCGAAUGGGAUGGCGUUGAAGUCGGUGGUCACGUGAUGUCGCAUAUGAUUCUACACGGCAAUACAUUGAAGAAAAUAUCUGGUCAUUAUACCACCGAACAACCAUUGCCGGACAAUUUAAUUGAAGCUAUAAAAGCAGAAAAGCGACACAUGGCCGGCUUUGCGCUUAGUAGAGAAUUGUAUUUUGCCACCCUCGAUUUGGAACUGUAUUCGAAAACCCACUUCUGGAUGGACGUGGUCAAGGAACUGUGGCCACAAUUCUGUUUGAUUCCGUUGGAGAGCAGGGACUCACAUGUUUGUUCGUUCAGUGAAAUUAUCUCCGGUGACUAUCCGGCUGCUUAUUUCAGUAACAUUUGGUCAAAAGUAGUAGCAGCUGAUAUUUACAGCAACUUUUACGAAGUUCGUGACAACGAACAGAAUGUUCAGGCUGUCGGUAAACGUUUUCGUGAUACAUACUUGUCACUCGGUGGAUCUGUUCAUCCGUCAGAAGUUUUCCGCAAAUUUCGCGGACGAGACCCAUCGUCAAAGGCUCUGCUGAAAAUGCUCGGACUCAACAAUUUAGCAGGAAAACAGGAAGGACAUAAAUAAUAGAUUUGCAUCGACAGUUGUGAAAUUUUCAUUUAUUAUAGUCCGUUAGAAAAUA